GACCGAUCCAGUUCCACCUACUUUGGAGACUAUGCCUUUAGACGUGAUGAACAAAAUUGUGAACACACUGGGAUUCAUCAACUCAUUGGUGCUGAUGAAAGUGUCAAAAAAAUUAAGUGGAUUUGUGAAAGACACUAAAUUUGAGAUUGAUGAGCUUGAAGUAUAUUUUGAAAUUGGACGAUCCGAAAUCCGUUUCAAGCGAUACGUUAUCGAAUUUGUGGCUGAGGUACAACCGUUAUCCUUUUCUUACGAUUCUUACGAAGAAGAUGGCUCUAGAAAAGACAAAAAGAAAACAUUUGUAGCUGGAAAGGGCCAAUUGGACCAAUUUUCCGAGAAUCUCAAGUGGUUGUUUCAAAAUAGAAAAAUUUCAUUGAACAAAUUCAAGUUGGUUAUUCCUGACGACGAUGAUGAGGAGUCCCGCAAGAAAUAUAUGGACUGCGUUGUGGAAGCUCUGAGAUCGGCGGAAAAUUUGAGUUCAAGGAAUGUAAAAACUUCUUGUCUUUCGUCGGCAGAAAUUUCACAAAUAUUGCCUAUCUUCCCUGCAAAAAAUCUGGAAUACAUUGAAUUCUUUGAAUGCGACUUUGCUGGAUAUGAGCAGCUGGUCCAUUUGGAGCAAUGGAAGAAAGCUGAACGAUGUAUUAAAUGUUCCGAAUUGAAUAUUCCGAUGGAGUUCUUCUUGCAGUUCAAGCGUGUUAAAGUUGAUAUUGAGCCAGGAGAGGAUCCAACUGUAAUUCGUGAUGUGAUCGAUAAUUCCAACAAUCUCGAAAGUGUUUUGAUUCAGUGUUGCUCAAUGAACAUCAAUUAUAUCAAUGAAGUCGUCAGUGUCUUUAAUUUGAAGGAAGAUUCAAUGUAUCUUACUCCAAACAAGAAAUCGUUUACUGUAAAUGUUUCUGAACGUCAAAUCUUCAUUAAAACACUCUAAGAAUACGACUUGUUCCAAAUGAAUUUUUAUUCGACGUUUGAAUGUAAUUUUUGAUUUCUAUUUGAUAUGUGUACACCAAAAAGAAUAAACGUUUUUGAUUUUUCC